AGUUUUUUUUUCUCCCAUUCGAUUCAUUCAUUCGUUCACCCAUCCAUCCAUCCAUCCAUCAAACUGUCCGUCUGUUCGUUCGUUCAUCAUUUUUCCCAUUCCCUCUUUUUUUUCUGUCUUUCUUUCUUUUUAUCUUUUCUUUUCUUUUCUUUUUUUCUCUUAUUCCUUGUCUCUGUGCCCUUUUUUUCUCCUUUUCAUUCUCUCUUUCUUACUAUUCCUUCUUUUCCUUUCUUUCUUUCUUUUUUUCUUCUUACUUUUUAUUAGUUAAGAAGGCGUAUGCUAGAUUUUCUUUAACAGUUUUUAAUUUUUAUUUAUGGUGAUUAGGUUUGUGCCCAGCUAACAGGUUUGAUGAAGCGACAGCGGAUAUGAUAACUGAUCAAGUCGGUGAUUUAACUCUGCCAUUGAUCAACAUAUACAAUGAGAAAGACGAAACGAAGAAGGUAUUGCGAAAUUUGAUGUCCGCUUCAGUUCCUUACAGUGUCUGUCAGGCUUUAUUCAUUCCAGACUGCAAAUCAGUCGGUUUUUUUCCUAAUAUCGGUUUCCAAAGCACUUUGCGCGAUAUUAGGGAGUUUGAGCAACGAAGUAUAGUGAGCUACGCACGUAAAUCGGAAGUGAACUUUUUGCAAUGUUGGUUCUCGCCAAAACAGAGCAGCAACUUUGCAAUCGGAUGUGAUGUCAUAAAUCGGUGGAUCAUAGGUAUACGAAACAAGUACUAAGCGCUAUUGGAGUCGUGCCUCCACCCCCCUGACUUUUUGGAAUGCUGGUUCGUGAUUUUUAGCAAAGUUUCUAGCAGAUCGUCUCUAUCAGAAUAAAGACACUGAGCGAUACAAAUUUGGUAGCAUCGAGGCAUAUUAAAAGGGAAAAGGACUUACUUCCGGUGAAGUAAGUUGCUUAAACUCUCUAUUUUCGAGCGACGCGCGUGGACCUUCCACGCUCCUAGGGCGUGUGUGGCGAGACUGUCCCGAGUCUCACUCUCCGUUUUCACCCUCACUCUAGGCCUUUCCUUCCAGCGCUUACAAUCCCGUAGGUUUUACUCCAAAUUCUAUUUCCCAGAACUUAGUGUUAGUGAUCUAUGAUUUGUUUUGCUUUAAAAAUGAAGGAGCAGAUAAGAAAGGAGUUUUAUGGAACGACGCUUCCUGCCCGACUCGAGAAAUUUGAAGCUCUUCUCAAAAACAGGGAUGAAGGCAAGGGCUUCUUUCUGGGCGAAAAGGUAAGAUAAGAAGAAUGCGCAAAGCGUGGUAAGGGGACUAGGCCUGCUUAGAACACUAACGAGUAUAGAAAUUAAGUCAUAAAUAAAACGACGAUAGCCUUCGAAUUCAGGCGUCUCUCCUUGUUCUCGCCACUAGGGACGUCCCAAGCGGUGAACGAGAAGCGAGAAGAGACGCCUGUAUCUGCAGGUUAAAACGAUGACCGCUCCCUGAGCCUUCACCCGGUCCCAAAGAAAGUCUUUUCUAAAUAUUUUAAAAUACAGCAACGUCAGCACAUUUUGCAUGGUACUGAGCAGCAUGAAUUCCUAGCGUGACGUCUUUCCUUCUGUUACUGAAUCGUUUGUGUAAAUUUGGUGCGCGUCAGGCGUUUCAUCAGCGAUUUUAAGAGUUUAAGAUGCGGACAGUGACGAAAACAAAAACGUCAAAAAACUAAUAGGUUCAGUGAAUAGCCACGGCAACAACUCUGCUAAGACGCGUCUCAUUUUUAGAACAGCCCUCAACACCUGUUCUUAGAAAAACUUCAUGUAAAUGACCUUCGCUUCUUACACAAGACGCAAACGCAUAGUACGCGUGCGUUAGUUUUUGGCGGGAAAAUUUUCGCUCGCCCCGCGGCGAACUGGCAGGCUACUGGCAGGGAAAAGUUAUUUACAAAUUACAACGCGUUUUCGUUUCCUUGGGUUGCCAUCGAUUCUAAGACUUUUAAGCUUUAUUUGUUUCUUCGCUCAUGUAUAAUGAGCGCGCCAACAAAGGCAAACGAAACAAGUGAUCCACUGCUGAAGAAAAGGAUUUUUGUUGUUAUGCAAGGAGAAGGCAAUAGCAGAUCUCGAGGACAAAUGUUGGAUUGACGUUGCUACGGGCAACGUUCACAUGAAAACGAGUCAAGAACAGAAAUAAGACGCGAACCAUAUUUAUACGAGCUGUUUUCGUCUUAGAUAAGACCUGCUCAUAUAAAUGGUACAGUUCGCGUCUUAUGUAAGACGCGUCUUAUUUUUCCUCGUAUAAAUGGCCCUAGUGUGUGCGUUUACACGGGGCACUUUUUAUUUACCAUGGUAAAUGACCCUUUUACCGUAGGAAAUUGCCUCAGCGCGUGUGACCGGACAUUCCCGAGAUAAAUUUACCAUGGGAAAUAUCCAUGGUUACGUCAAAAAGAGCUAAGAAACCGCUUAUGACAUUAAACUUGGUAAACGCAAAGGUUUUUCGAUUUCAGAUUUCUUUCAGAUUUCUUCAACAUGAAACCCCCCAAAAUUGCUUUUUUAAACGGGUUUCUUUCGCACUGUUUAGAUGAAAGAAAGAGGGACUUUUGAGGCAAAAUUUUGAACUCGUUUGUUGGGAUAGAUUUAGAAACGAUAUUUCCCCAAAAUUUGUUCUAUCCCUAGUAUCGAACCGUUGGAUGCAGCUGAACUGUAAAAUCGAACUAUGUACCUUCGCUAAAUUAUCCUGAAUAACAUACCAGUUGAAAUUUUACCUAUAAAAUUAUACGUAGUUUUUCAAGAUGACAUAAAAUACUGCCAUUGUCGACGGUGGUUAUUACCGUAAUUGCGCGAAUGAAGCCGUAAACUGAAAGCGGCUUAAUUAUCUUAAUGGGAACUAAACUAAACCCACGUUAAAUUUACCACGGCUUUGUUAACGUGGGAAAUGCCUUUUACCAUGAUUUGUGAAACUGCAUCUAUUGCCUGAGGCUUAUUACACCCGUAGAAGAAAGGUUACCCUAAUCCUACGCCCCUGGAGUAACUGCGAUUUCUUUCUGUUUCUUAUCUGCAGCUGAGCUAUGCCGACAUCACUUUCUUUGACUUCUUUAACAACUUCCAUUCGAAGGGCAAAGAGGAUGUUCCUGGGGAACUUGAGAAGUUCCCGCUCUUGGUGGAGCAUUAUAAGCGGGUGUUAAACGUGCCCGAAAUAAAUGAGUGGGUAAAGAAACGCCCUGUAACCGAAUUCUAA